UGUUGCUACAAGGAGCCGGCCGCGACGUGUGACUGGAAGCGCUGUGUCUUACGGUAUAGCGGUGCGCUCUUGAAGCGGCGUUAGGAAUCUGCUGCUGACUUCUGGGCUGCAGGGCCUGGAAAGAGGCUUCCUGAGGCGGCUCGAGAACGCUCAGGGGCGUCCAGGCGUUCUUGUCAUCAUCCCACUCAGCGCCAUGUCCUGGAUGUUCAAGAGGGACCCUGUUUGGAAGUACUUACAGACUGUCCAAUAUGGAGUCCAAGGACAUUUCCCACGCCUUCCGUAUCCAACUUUCUUUCCACGUUUUGAAUUCCAAGACAUUAUUCCUCCAGAUGACUUCCUAACUAGUGAUGAAGAGCUAGAUUCAGUUUUGUUUGGACUUUUGCGAGGUCAUGUGGUUGGACUACGCUAUUACACAGGAGUAGUUAAUAAUAAUGAAAUGGUUGCAUUACAACGAGAGCCUAAUAACACUUAUGAUAAGAAUGCGAUUAAAGUAAACAAUGUGAAUGGAAAUCAGGUUGGCUAUUUAAAGAAAGAUCUUGCAGCGGCUUUGGCCUAUAUCAUGGACAACAAAUUGGCACAAGUGGAAGGGGUAGUUCCUUUUGGUGCAAAUAAUACUUUUACCAUGCCUCUGCAUAUGACUUUUUGGGGAAAAGAAGAAAAUAAAAAAGCAGUUUUAGAUCAGUUGAAGAAACAUGGAUUUAAAUUGGGUCCUGCACCAAAAACUUUAGGAUUCAGUUUGGAAAGUGGUUGGGGCUCUGCGAGAGCCGGACCAAGCUAUAGUAUGCCCGUCCAUGCUGCAGUACAGAUGACAAUUGAGCAGCUUAAAACAGAAUUUGACAGAUUAUUUGAAGAUUUAAAAGAAGAUGAUAAAACUCAGGAAAUGGAACCAUCCGAGGCUAUUGAAACACCAUUGCUUUCACAUCAGAAACAAGCUCUAGCUUGGAUGAUAUCACGAGAAAACAGUAAAGAACUUCCACUGUUCUGGGAACAGCGAAAUGACUUAUACUAUAACACAAUAACAAAUUUUUCUGAGAAGGAACGACCAGAAAAUGUCCAUGGAGGAAUUUUAGCUGAUGAUAUGGGCUUGGGUAAAACUCUUACAGCUAUUGCAGUAAUUCUUACCAACUUCCAUGGUGGCAAACCCCUUCCUGUUGAAAGAAUUAAGAAGAAUCAACUGAAGAAGGAAUGUAAGGAAUAUAAUGUUAGCCAUGAAUCUGUGAAGCUUGAAGGAAAUAGUACCAAGGAAAAGCCACAUGGACUAAGCAAAGUAGAAGGAUUUGGAUGUAAUGAAGAACCCAGUAUUUCACAUAUCAAGAAGAAUAAGUGUUCAAUAUCAGAAUUCUUUAACCCCCAUCCCAAAAGAAGAAAAAUUACUGCCCAGUACAUUGAGAGCAGUGAUUCAGAGGAAGUUGAGACAGAUGAAUUGCCACACAGAAUAAAAGGAAAACUGAAAAACGUGCAGUCAGAGAAAAAAAGGCUAAAAGCAGGAUCGUCUAAGAAAGAAGAUGCAGCUUUUUCACUUACCUCACCUCCUGUGGCAAAAAAGAAAAUGUUGAAAAAGGGAACAUCUGCAGUAGACGGUUCAAAGAAAAUUGAUGUUGAAGAGAGACCAAGAACAACACUGAUCAUUUGUCCACUUUCUGUGUUAAGCAACUGGAUUGACCAGUUUGGACAACACAUAAAAUCAGAAGUACACUUGAAUUUUUAUGUUUAUUAUGGUCCUGAUCGUAUUAGAGACCCCGCUUUGCUUUCAAAACAAGAUAUUGUUUUGACCACAUACAAUAUUUUAACUCACGACUAUGGAACUAAAGGGGAUAGUCCACUGCAUAGCAUAAGGUGGCUAAGAGUGAUCCUGGAUGAAGGGCAUGCCAUACGAAAUCCAAAUGCCCAGCAGACAAAGGCUGUUCUUGAUUUAGAAGCAGAAAGAAGAUGGGUAUUGACAGGUACCCCUAUCCAGAAUUCUUUAAAGGAUUUGUGGUCUCUUCUUUCCUUUUUAAAACUAAAACCAUUUCUUGAUAGAGAAUGGUGGCAUAGAACAAUACAGCGUCCCGUUACAAUGGGAGAUGAAGCAGGACUCAGGCGUUUACAGUCCCUAAUUAAAAACAUCACACUUCGACGAACUAAGACAAGCAAAAUUAAAGGAAAACCUGUUUUGGAACUACCAGAACGUAAAGUAUUCAUUCAACACAUUACACUUUCAGAUGAAGAGAGAAAGAUUUAUCAGUCUGUGAAAAAUGAAGGCAAAGCUACUAUUGGAAGGUAUUUUAAUGAAGGAACUGUCCUUGCACACUAUGCUGAUGUCCUGGGUCUUCUGCUGAGAUUACGGCAGAUUUGUUGUCAUACUCACCUUCUUACAAAUGCAGUGUCAUCCAGUGGUCCCUCAGGAAAUGAUACACCUGAAGAACUGAGAAAGACAUUAAUAAAGAAGAUGAAAUUGAUUCUGAGCUCUGGUUCAGAUGAAGAAUGUGCAAUUUGCCUGGAUUCUUUAACAGUUCCUGUGAUAACACAUUGUGCACAUGUGUUUUGUAAACCUUGUAUUUGCCAAGUCAUUCAGAAUGAGCAGCCACAUGCUAAAUGCCCUUUAUGCAGAAAUGAUAUUCAUGGAGACAAUUUACUAGAAUGUCCUCCAGAAGAACUGACAUGUGACAGUGAAAAAAAGUCUAAUAUGGAAUGGACAUCCAGUUCAAAGAUUAAUGCUUUAAUGCAUGCUUUGAUUGAUUUAAGAAAGAAGAAUCCCAACAUAAAGAGUUUAGUUGUUUCUCAGUUUACAGCAUUCCUGUCUUUAAUAGAAACACCACUUAAAGCCUCUGGAUUUGUGUUUACUCGUCUGGAUGGUUCCAUGGCCCAGAAAAAGAGAGUGGAAUCCAUUCAGGGUUUUCAAAGCACUGAAGCAGGAUCUCCAACUAUAAUGCUGCUGUCCUUAAAGGCAGGUGGAGUCGGUUUGAAUCUUUGUGCAGCUUCUCGAGUGUUUUUAAUGGAUCCAGCCUGGAAUCCUGCUGCUGAAGAUCAGUGCUUUGACAGAUGCCAUCGACUUGGCCAGAAGCAAGAAGUUAUUAUCACAAAAUUCAUUGUGAAGGAUUCUGUUGAAGAAAAUAUGCUGAAAAUACAAAAUACAAAAAGAGAAAUUGCAGCUGGAGCUUUUGGAACUAAAAAGACAAAUGCUAAUGAAAUGAAACAAGCUAAAAUUAAUGAAAUUAAAACUUUAAUUGAUUUAUAAUAUGUGGGAUUUUAGUAAGGUCAGUUCUGUCAGAUACGUGUUGGAAAUGAGAAACAGAUUUAGGAAUCUAGAACAGAUCUUGAAUCUUCUAUGAGGAGCUUACUGUUUUAUAUUAGUAAACAGGUAUUACUGACACAUGAUGUCUUUUAUAUAUGGAUGUAUUUUAAAUGAUAUUUCAAGUAGCAAUAAGCUCUGUUAUAUAUUGUGGACUAAAAUACUUUUUGAGAUAAAAAGUUGACUUUCUUAUUCAACUUUUCAUAGAGAACUCUGUGCUGUUUUUUUCAUGUAUCUUUUAAGUAAUCAGCCUUUUCAUAUAUCAAAUAAGGUCAGAUCUUUUAUUCUGUGACCAGUGGAGACUUUCCUAUGUAGAAUACAUUUGGCUUUUCAACAAAGCCUAUGAUUUGUGAUGCAGUGGAUUCAUAAUCCUUAUAAAGGAUGGAUAUAUACAGACACACACAUAUAUGAUUUUAUUGGACUUUUUAAAACUUACUUGCAUUCUUAAACCAAACCUUAUAUAAUAGACCAAGUCCAGGUUAAUAAAUGAGUUGGAAUUUUUCUUCUAAACAACUUCAUUGAGAUAUAUAUAUAUAACUUUUUUUUCCUCCAGUACUAGGGAUUGAACCCAGGGCCUUGGCCCUGAGCCCUGCUGCUAUAUUAUGAGAGUCUUACAAAAAUCACUAAGUUGCCCAGGGUGGACUUGAAUUUGUGAUCCAUUUUAGCCUCCUAGCAUACUAGGAUUACAAGCAUGUGCCACCACAUCCAGCUCCUGUGUGGAUCUUGCAAGUUUAGGUUUUGAAAAAAUUAGGGACCAUGUUAGAGCACUAUUUUCUCCAUUUUAAUCAAGUGGUACUGCAUUCAUUGUUUAAAUGCAGCUUGAUACAAACAGGGUGUAAAUGUAGUCUGCAGGGGUAAGAGGGAACCAAUUCUACCUAAUUUAAUUUGAACAUUUAAAUUAUGGAAUUUAGAAAUUUCUAUAGAUUUUUAUUUAUGUAGUGUUUUUGAAAUAACUAUAAAUUUUUAUAAUUCAGAAGACUUCUGUAUGUGAGAGGCGUGAUAAUCUGGAGUUGGGCUGGAUGACCUUCAAAGUUGUUGCAACUCUUAAAGACAUCUUAUUCCCAAAUGUAAAAUUUGUUAUGUAUGUUUGAAAUCAGAAUUUAAUUUUGUCACUUUAGUAAUUCAUUCUUACACUUUUGUUAUUGUCAUAAGCAAACCUGUAGUUGCCACAAAUUCUGGAUGAUUCAGUCAUAUAUAAAAGAAGCUAGACAUUUAGCAGUUGCUUUGGGUAGGUCAUGGUUUUAUCUCAUUUCCUUAAAUUUUUCUAAUCCAAAGAAGAGAUUACUGCAAUGAGAUGCUUCGUACUUGAUA